CGCACUCAAACGAUUUCAAUUAGUUCUCGGGUUUGGUGCCACGAUGUCGUUCUUCAGUUUCAGUUUUAUAUCUUUGCUGGCGAUCGCAAUCGCCCACAAAGAUCCGCAUUAUGUUAAUGAUAGAACUACCAUGGUUCACUUAUUCGAAUGGAAAUUCGUCGACAUUGCCAAAGAAUGCGAAGAUUUCCUCGGUCCAAUGGGCUACGGUGGUGUACAAGUUUCCCCCAUAAAUGAGAAUCUCGUGAUAGAGAAUAGACCAUGGUUCGAAAGAUAUCAGCCGCUCUCUUACAAGAUUAUCACUCGCUCUGGAAACGAAACCGAAUUUAAGGAUAUGGUGGAAAGAUGUAACAAGGUUGGUGUACGGAUCUACGUUGACGCGGUCAUCAAUCACAUGACGGCGAAUGCACAACCAGCGUACGGCACCGGUGGCACGUCAGCAAAGCCAGAGGACCUUAGUUAUCCGGGAGUCCCGUACAGUUCCGAGGAUUUCAACCAACCCUGUGCCAUACAGAAUUAUAAUAAUGCUCUCGAGGUUCGCAAUUGCGAGCUGGCCGGUCUUCACGAUCUUAAUCAGAAUAAAGAACAUGUCCGAAACAAAAUAGUUGAAUUUCUUAACAAGGUCAUCGAUCUUGGAGUCGCUGGUUUUCGCAUUGAUGCCGCCAAACACAUGUGGCCCGAUGAUCUUAAAGCCAUUUACAGUCAAAUAAAGAAAUUGUCUUCUAAGAAUGGAUAUCCAGACAAUGCGCAAUGUUACAUUUAUCAGGAAGUCAUCGAUCUCGGUGGCGAGGCCGUCAGCAAAUUCGAGUACAAUGACUUUGCGGGUGUCAUUGAGUUUCAGUCUGGCAUCGUUCUGGGUAGUAUGUUCCGUGGUCAGGAUAAUUUGGCCAGACUGCAAACUUUCAACGACGAGAACGCUUGGAGAUUGAUACCCUCUAGCGACGCGUUAACCAUGGUUGAUAAUCAUGAUAAUCAGAGAGGCCACGGUGCUGGUGGGGCCAAUAUCUUGACGCACAAGGACCCGAAACCGUACAAGACAGCAGUAGCCUUUAUGCUCGCUCAUCCUUACGGCCAUGCUCGUGUCAUGAGCUCCUUCGCGUUUGAUGAUCCCAGUCAAGGACCACCGGCAAAUUCGGACGGCAGCAUCAUUUCGCCUGAGAUCGUUAACGGUGAAUGCGUCAACGGUUGGGUCUGCGAGCAUAGAUGGCCGCAGAUUUAUCGCAUGGUCCAAUUUCGCAAUCUGGUAAACGGCGAGAGGAUAGAGAAUUGGUGGAGCAAUAGGAAUCAGAUCGCCUUUUCCCGCGGUCGCAAAGGUUUCGUCGCCUUCAACGUCGAGGGUGAUUUACGUGAAAAGUUGCAAACCGGAUUGCCCGCAGGAACAUAUUGCGAUGUCAUAACUGGAGAUGUCGUCGAUGGUGAAUGCAGCGGAAAGUCUGUGCAAGUUGAUGACAAUGGUACCGCUAUGAUCGAGAUUCUAUCAAACGAGCCGGAAGGUGCGCUCGCUCUUAAUAUCCAGGCAAAACUAUGAGGCACGUGCAGAUAAUACCUAGUUAUAUAAUUGUAUUGCUAAAUAGAAAAUUAGUACUAACAGUUAUAUAACUGUAACUUGGUGUUUGCUUGUACAUAUGUGGGGCAUUCCACGACAAAGUGAACUAUCCAUUUCAAGAAAUGUUUCAGAUUUUGAUCAAACUUAUUGAGAUUGAAAAGGUUAAAGAUAUGAUUCCUUGUGCAAAAUCUUAAGCUCUUAAUGCAGUUGGUUGAGUACUUACAAGAACAAUAAUUGUUGAAAAUAAAAAUGUCAUACUGCUUUGAGUCCAAAAUCUUCUUCAUGAUACAUUAAAUUUUUAAACAAUAAUUUUGAUAACAAUUUGUAUAGUACUGAGUGGCUCCAUUAGAGACAUAAAUUAUUUUAUCUCAAACAAAUAAUUUUAAUGUUUUCGAUUAAUAUUAUUCAAAUACAUAUUCAAAGAUUAGUCACCGAAAGCAUUAAAACUAUUUGUUCUAAAUAAAAUAAUUUAUGUUACUGAUGGACUUAGCAUUAUAAAAAUUGCUACCAAUUUGAAAAUUUAAUGUCAUGAAGAAAAUUUUGGAUUCAAAGUAUAAUGACAUUUUUAUGCAACUUUGUAUGGAAAAAGUGCAUGUAACGGCAUAAGACUAUUUUGAAAAGAAGUGUAAGACGAGCUCUAGUCUACAAAUCACCAAUACAGAUCCAAUAUUGCCUCAGGUCUUGUAUAAAUAAAAUAUAUAAAGAAAAUCUUAAACAGACAAAUGUCUGUUUAUAAUAAUAUUAUCUGAAUUUAUCAUGAAAUGCUCCAUAUAUAAAUGCAACAUUUAUAAAAUGUAUACGUAAUUAGCACUAACUCUGUCUUAAACAGAUCAUAACUGUGUAAAUCUUAUAACCGAAUAAAGAGACAAAUAAAAUGUG